AUGGCUCUGCUGUGGAAGAGUCAUGGAUUUUUCUGCAAAGGCACGAUCUGCUAUCGGGUUAGAAACAAGGAAGGAGUAGAGUACGCUCUGAAAGAUUGUUGGGUGGAGGAGUCGAAAAAAAUGCACGAACCAACCGUCCUGAGGAUGCUCAAGGGUAUUCCUAACGUCGUCGAACUUAUUGACAACUGGGAUGUCUAUUACGAGGGGCAGCCUGAUUGUACAUCGCGUAUUUGCAAGGAAUAUAACCAGGAUCAACGAGACGACACCACAUUCUGCAAUAGAUUGCACCAGCAUCUUCUCUUGAGCCCUUGCGGAGAGCCUCUCUCUCAAUUCAACUCUAGAAUGGAGCUGAUCACGGCUUUUCGUCAAUUUGUAAUCACUCACCGUGCAAUGAUUGAGAGACGAGUCCUACAUGGUGACCUCAGUCCCAACAAUUUUGUUAUCUAUAAAGGUACUGGCUACUUCAUCGACCUCGACCAUGCUGCAAUUUUGGCAGUGAAUACGACCAGCACUUAUUCACCUGGUACUGGUACUAUGCCAUACAUUUCCAUCUGUAUUCUCCAGAGCAUGAUGAACAUGACCUUCUUGGACACCAACACCAACCUGGGCGACAUUGAUCCGGGCAAGGACGUCGCCCCGGCCAAUGAUGUUCAACGGCUGAUUGAACACAAGCCCUCUGAUGACCUGGAGUCAUUGUUUUAUAUAUUUUUUGAGUUUGUUACGAAGUAUGGGGGGCCGCGCGGUGAAUUGUCACCAUCGUGGACUCGAGACUCGCUGCCAUGGGCGAGCGCCUAUGAGGCCUUGGGCAAGACCGAUCUCAGAGGGCUUCUCGGCACCUGCUGUUUCGUGAAAGUGGGGGUCGUCCUGGACCCAACUUUUAUGGUGAAGAUGACCUCGGAUUACUUCGCAGCGUUUAGGCCUCUCGUCCAACAAUGGCAGACUUUGGUGUGCCUCGCGAACAAGCCCGACGAGAGAGAGAGAGUAGAGACCACUCACGAGAAGGUUCUCGAGAUUUUGACCGCGUUUAUCAACACCUAUGUUGAAAUCGCACCCACUACUAACCCCUCAGCAGGGUCCGCUUCCAUAGGUCAUCCUCCAAUUCCCGAGGCAGGACCUUCGAAACUUCCACUGCGUCGUUCCACCCGGAAUCUCAAGAAGUCUCGCUGA